GAAUUACACACAUCGAUACUACAGAUUACUGACUACCAAGUAUAUCAGGCUGUUUCCCGUAUCCGGAUGAAAAAGUUCGUUAUGAAGCGGCUACAAUGCGAUAUAUCGCUACUCAUACUACUAUACCUAUCCCACAUGUCUACCACUACGGAACCGCAGCUGAGAAUCCUACUGGCAUAGGCCCAUUCAUCAUAAUGGACUAUAUAGACCAUAAUCAAUCGAUGUGCUAUGAAGUUCUUGACAGAUCUCUCCCGGCUGAUAAGCCACCUAUCCUAGAUCCAAACAUUAGCGAGGAGAAACUAGAGUAUCUAUAUGCUCAGAUGGCCAACAUAUUACUUCAGCUAUUCUCCUUGAAAUUCCCUCGAAUAGGUUCUCUCGUUGAAGAGGAAGACAAGACUAUCUCCGUCAAAGGACGUCCUUUAAUCGCAAAUAUGAGCGAUGUAGCCGUACACACAAAUAUGCCAGUAAGCGUCCUGCCAAAACCAUCUCAGACGUUUGCCACUGAGGACGAGUGGUACAGCGCUCUCGCCGACCUGCACAUGGCGCAGCUCUCAUACCAACACAACGAUGCCAUAGUGGAUGAGGACGAAGACGACGCCCGCGACAAAUACGUCGCUCGUCAACUAUUUCGGAACCUCGUCAAGGAGAAACGUCUCUUUCCGCGAACAUCGGAAUCGGACGGCGGGUUCAGGUUGUUCUGCGAGGAUUUUAGGCCAGUGAGCGCUCUCCUGGACGAAGACUUAAAGAUCGUCGGCGUCAUAGACUGGGAGUUCACGUACGUCGCCCCGGCACAGUUCAGUUUCGACCCCCCUUGGUGGCUACUUCUAGACCAUCCGGACCAUUGGACCCUGGGGUAUGAGGAUUGGAUGAAGACCUAUGAGCCUCGGCUCCAGACCUUUCUACGUGUUCUAGAGGCCGAGGAAAAGAAGAUGGCUGUUGCGAGUUUAGCUGAUAAAGUCGAGGGCUUGUCGCUUACUACGGAUGGAAACACCGACACAGAGAUACCGCUUUCUCAGCGCAUGCGGGAGAGCUGGGAGAAGCGGACUUGGAUGGUUAGUCUCGCGGCUAGGAAGAGCUGGUCGUUCGAUUACAUAUGGUGGAAAUACCUCGACGAGAGCUACUUCGGGCCGAACGAGGAUCAGGACCAUAAAGCUAGACUAGAACUCCUUUCCGAGCCGCAGAGAAAGCUGAUGGAUCCAUUUGUAGCACGCAAGUUGGAAGAGGGUAAAGACGGUGAGAAAGUUAACUUCGGAGACGAAGAUUCGCCAAGUUUACUGGAGGAGCUGCUGGUUUGAUGGCCAUCCCGAAUGGUGUGAUUAUAGGGCGGGAUAACCCGGGGCAUGAUUGUGCCCUUUAUCUUUCAAUGCUAUUACUGAUAGACCGCUGUGGUAAUGCCGCCUGGCACAUCCUACCCCCUCACCCCCUUUUACUGAUAGCUAAAAAUGCCGGGUGAAAUUUAUGAGAACUUUGGAACUUAGUAGGGC